CCGAGGGGGUAGGGCUCGCGCGGGGGCGCGCCGGGCCGUGAGGCGCGCUCGGGCUGUGCUCGCUUCUCCGCUCCCUCGGCUCUCUCGCUCGCUCGCGCCUCCUCCCUCGGCAGCCGCGGCGGCAGCAGGAGAAGGCGGCGGCGGCGGCUGGGGAAUCAGACAUGGCGGCCGAUCUCACCCUGGAGUGGAUCUGCUCCCUGCCCCGCUCCUGGACUUACGGGAUCACCAGGGGCGGCCGCGUCUUCUUCAUCAACGAGGAGGCCAAGAGCACCACCUGGCUGCACCCCGUCACCGGCGAGGCCGUGGUUACCGGACACCGGCGGCAGAGCACAGAUUUGCCUACUGGCUGGGAAGAAGCAUAUACUUUUGAAGGUGCAAGAUACUAUAUAAAUCAGGAUUGCAGAGGCCUUCACUUCGGGGACAAGGUUGUAUAUCCUCCUGAAAGAUGCAGCACGUGGGAAAGAAGAGUGACUUCUAAGCUUCUUUGCACUUGCUGACAAGAGUAUAUCAGCACUCCCAGAAACAACUCAUGCGACCAACUUGCUGCAAAUAACUCAUCUGUGGUUCAAGACCUUUUAUUUUUAGAAACAUUCCUGAAGGACGCACGUUGAAUAAAGGGUCCCUUUCAUUGUAAUAAAAGUAGACCCCGGUAUACAGAAGAGAUCAUUUUUAUAAUUGCUACAUACUACUUUUGUUUCCUUUUUGGGAGAAUUAUUUGUACUAGAGAGUAGUUUCCAUUUUAUAAUCUGUUUUUUCUUAGGUUUCCUGUAAGAGUUAUCUCUCGAAGUUAGUAUUGCAGGCACCUCCUUGUUUAGUUGGUGGAAGGGUCUAAGGGUUACAUAUAUACAUUUCCUUGCUUUGUCUUCCUCUUCCCCUUGGGAUUAGAAUCAGCUUUUGUGAAACAGAAGAGGAAAUAAUUAAGACUUUUUAAAGCAAUGUGAAAAGUUGCCUUUUUACAUUAGAAAAUUGAUUGUAGGGAAUCUCAGGUAAAAAACCAUUGUGUUAUUGGUGAGACAAUUUUUGGGACACUGGAAUUUUUAAUGUUUUCUUUUUGGUAAGAAAGCACACAGAAAUUCAGUAUGCUAUUUAUACCAAAUGUUUCUGGGAUCCAAAACAAUGACGCUGAUUUUAGUCACUUAUUGUGAUCAGCUUAUUCCACUGCUGCUUCUAAUUGUCACUUUUUCCUAAAACAGGGCUUCCCAGCAGUAAUUUUUUCAUACAUUUGUUUUAUAGGAACUCUGAUGAGGAAUUACAGUAUUGACAGGUUUAUGUUUUUUUUUCUAUAGAACAUGAGGCAUGUGCAUGCAUUUAUUCAAACGUUUGAGCCCCUAAUAUAUAUACAGCAUUGACUGUGUAUUGGAAAUAUAGCAUAGAAUUAGACAGACCUGGCACUUCUGCGGUGAGUCUAAAAUUAUAAAGAAAAGGUUUUUAAAAUUCAAAUAAACUUUUGGUUUAAGAGAAUGGGAAAAUAUGAAAUGAAAUGAAUACCCUGCCAAAUAAUCUGCCAGACACUGAGGAAACAAAACUGAAAUAGACGUGGUCUACAAAUUCUUAGAACUUCAUAAUUGAUUUUUGAAAUAUAUACUGUUUGCUAGGUGUGGUGCUGGAUGUUAGGGAUAGUAUUUUACAUACUAAUAAGUAGUGGGUGUUUUUUGUUUUCUAGAUUUUUGAGAAAAGUUACUUGAAUUGGAAAGUAUUUUGCCUUUUCUUAGUUUUUUUUAAAUUUGAUCUGUGUAAUAGCUUCUGCUUAUUGGAUACUUGACACGCUGCUAGAUGUUUUAGAUGUCAUUUAUUCUAUAUAUCAUAGUGACCUACUCACCAAUUAUUGAGCAUUUAUUUAGCUAUCACUCCAUAAGCAUUUCAUCUUAACCAAUGAGAAGCCUGACUAAACCUUGCACAGCUGGCAGAGCUGGGAUUCAUGUUUGGGGUGGGUUGGCAAUCAUGAGUCUAUGCCCUGCCUUAAAAAGAUCUUUUUUUUUUUUGGCACUGGGGAUCGAACUCGGGUCCUUGUGCUUGUGAGGCAGGCGCCAGAACCACUGAGCUAAAUCCCCGGGCCUUAAAAAGAUCUUUUACCAUGCCUCCCUUGCAGAUGCAAGGUCCUGAGUUCAAUCCCCGGUACCAAAAAAUAAAAAAGUUCUUUUAGCAGUUGUGCUUGAUGGGAAAACUUCCAUCUACAGUUUAAGCAGUAUGUCAUCAGAUUACAUUCGUCCCCCUUGGAAUAUAUUCCAAGACCCUCAGUGGAUGCCUGAAACCAUAGAUCACACCAAAUCCUAUAUACUGUGUUUUUUCCUAUACGUACACACACUUCUGAUAAAGUUUAAUGUAUGAAUUAUGUAAGAGAUAAAUAAUAACCAACAGUACAAUAGAACAAUUAUAUCAGUGUACUGUAACAGAAUUGCCAGCAUCACUGCUCUUGUCUUUGGGGCCAUUAUUAAUUAAAAUAAGGGUUACUUGAAUACAAGCACAGUGAUACUGUGACAGUCGAUCUGAUAACUGAGACAACCAAGCAGCUAAUGAGCAAGUAUAGGUUAGAGUUGGUUCUCUGUACCCUUCAAAUCAGCCAGCCUUGGCUUUGAAAAUAUUUUGAGGAAAAAUUGUUUCUGCUAAGCAUGUGCAGACUUCCCCCCCUUGUCAUUAGUCCCUGCAUAAUACAGUAUAAUUAUUUACAUAGUACUUAUUACUAUAUUAGGUAUUAUAAAGAAUCUAUAGGUGAUUGAAAGUAUAAGCGAGGAUGUGUGCAGGUUCUGUAAGGGACUUGAGCGUGUGCAGAUUUGGGUACCCACCGGGGUCAGUUCCUUGCAGAUACUAAGGGACCAUGGUACAGUGUAUUUGGUACAGAGUGAAGGUCCACAUCCCCGGAAGAUGGCACGAUGGCAUGACAUUUCAUCGCUACUGAGAACAACAUACCAUUUAAAACUUGUGAAUUGUUGUAUGGAAUUUUCCAUUUAAUCUUUUCAGACUCCAACUGACCAUGGGGAACCAAAGUCCUGGAAAGCAGGACAGUGCGUGAGGGGGGCUACUGCCUUCUCCAGAUUGAGAAAGAGAGGAUGGAAGAUUUAAAUGAUGCCCACCUAUGGAGUCAUUUUAUGUAACCUAUAAUAUUUAUUGUAAAAACUUUGUUUUAAAACUUCUACCCAUAAGCUAUUACCAUAAACUUGUACCAGGUUUAUAAUGAGAGUUUUAAAAAUUUAAGUUUAUAAUAUUAGGUUUAAAAUUGGUGUGUUUCAUAUAAUCAAGUGCCCUAUAUAAAGGUUUCUAUAUUGUGCUGAUGGCAUUGGAAACUAUUAGGAAGAAUGUCUGCUUUCAUAAAUUUUGUGGCUGUCUCAGUUUCUUUUAGGUUGUGGACUACUACUUACUUUAUGGUUUUCCAUUAAAAGAAGAAAAAACUAGUAUCUGAAAUUAGCUGUAACAAAAGACACUCACCUUCUUUAGUAUUGCCUAAUCUUCCUCUGACCAUACAUAUGCCUGCCCCUCUGAUUUCUACAGCUGUAGCAGAAAUCUUGUAUCUUUGGAGGACGAAAGAGCAGAACUGUGUGCAGUUAUGAUCCCAUGGCACAGCUGACCUGGAUAUAUCGCUUACUUUAUUGCUGAGUUCUCUUACUGUAACAGAUUGGGUCUGAUUGUAAAUCGCCUAUACUCAUACUAUAUUUUACAUUGCUUAUAGAUUUAUCAACCAUCUGUUACCAUCCCUGAAUUAAUGUUAGAAUAGGUUAACUUCUGAAUAAUUCAACUAAUGUUAAUAGAACAUAGCACCAGACAAAUUACUAAAUCUGGCAUUCCAAAUAUUUUGUAGUGUGCCUUUAACUUUUGGUGAGCACAAAUGGAAAUUCUAGGCCUCUGACUAUUAUGAAAAAAAAAGAUUUGUUACUGUUUAGGAAGACAAAUUAAAACACAGCUGGGAAUGCAGUAGUUAGCCCAGUCUCACAGACAUUAGUCUCCCUGUUUUUUUCCUCCUGUUUGUAUUCCUAGAAGCAAACAGCUGUGCAUUCAGUUUUAUUCUUACUCUUUUACUUAAAAUGUGAAUCGCAAAUUAAGCUGUGAGCAUUUAGAUUUGUUUAAAUUCCCUUAUCUCUAAUUUUAUUGCCCUUUUCAUUUAAAGCAAUGAUGUAUCAUUAUAUUAAAAUUUUUUUGAAACAGCCAUGUGGCCAUAAUGUGCAUGCCAUUUAGUAAUGUUCUUUUUCAUACACAUCUAUAGUCAUAAUUUUAACCUCAGCAAAGUAUUCCAUUAUUAAAUAUUUCACUUAAAAUUCUGCAGUUCUCUUAUUUCAAAAUAACAGUACUUUCAGUGAUGAAUAAUGUGCAUUUUAAACUUUACUUUUAAAAUAUCUUCUCUAGACUGAUUAAAUGUUAGUAUUCUCCUAAAGCCAUUUAUGCUGCACAAAUUUGUGUAUGUGUGCAAGCUUCAGUUCAAAGAAAGUCUGGUAUGAAUAAAUACGUUAAAUUUGAGUAGUUGAAGUCAACACCCAAAGUAUUUGAAGCA